CAGCGGACACAGCACAAUGGCAUUCCCUUCCAACCUACAGUGUUUCCCGAGUUCCCUCUUCCGGCUGGCCCAGUUGUAUAUUAUGACUGGUGCUAUUUCUGUCACAGGAAGUGCUGCACUGAUUCAGAAUCAGUACAGAGGAGUGGUUGGUGGAAAUGUGACUUUUUACUGCCCCAUUGAUGAAAAUAGCACACUAGAAUUAAUGUACAUUCAAAGGGGCAACACGUUCGUAAAUGGAUACUAUAAAAGAAAGAAAAUAAUGGAUCCGGUAUGGAGCAACACAAGAAUCGACACUAAGAAGGGAACGAUGCACAUGUCCAGUUUGAAUGUCUCACAUCAAGGGAGAUAUCAGUGCCAUAUCAUGUACAUUGGCAGUGCCUUAGGCCAUGUUACAACUGACAUGCACCUCAGUGUCACAGGAAACUACAGUAAACCUGUCCUUACAAUGGACUGCUGUGAUCAAAGCCCUCUCUUGAGUUGCCUACUGACAUGUGUCGCGCAUGGCGGCUUCCCGCAAGCAGAAGUGAAGUGGAACGUAUCACAGACUCACACUUUGAAGGCUACGAACAACAUUACGAGAGAUAAUGUCACCGAGUUGGUCAACACUUCCAGCACUGCACGCCUCAACUGCUCCAAUGGAGAGAUGUUUAUCAGCUGCUCUGUGGGCAACCUCAGAUCAGAACUGUUGUCAGUCUGUAAACCCAAAUAUACAUCUGAUCCUCCCUGGCCUCAUGUGAUAACCGCAGUGUUGGCUGUCGGUGUUAUGGUUGUUAUGGUUGUUACGUUGCUGUGGUGUAAAAGCAAGAAAUGUAAGAAAGGAGAAAAUGAAGACAUUCAUGAAGAUGAGGAGGAGGGAAUACGCCUCAAUGGAAACAAAAAAGAGGAAACUUGAGUGCUUGAUGAAGAGGAAUGUCUGAUGUAUUUUUAGGGCCAUUUCCCAGAAAAAUUUCACUAAAGUGUAAAUUACAUAAUGUGACUGCUGCCCGCGUACCAACUCACUGGACAGCCUACUGUCAACAUGUCGCUGACAUUUGAAUAGAGGCAAGUGUUUGAGGAAGUAUUACUACAGAUUACUGUAAUAGGGGAAGUAUAGUGCAUCAUUGAAGGGAGAAAAUCUUACUUAAAUGACUUUUCCAUUGUUUGUAUGUAAGAUUGUUGUCAUAUACUGGCAAAAGUCUCUGGGGACAUACUCCCCAGCACUGUGAAGAAUGAAAUCAUAUCACAAAUGGUAAAAUGUGUGUUUUACUGUAUCACUGACCUCUACUGACAUAAUUUGGAUCUCUUACACAAAUUAUUGUGUUUAAUCUUUUUGAAAUACAGAACAUUGUUGUUAUUGUUGUUGUUGUUGUUGUUGUUGUUGUUGUUGUUGUUGCUGUUGUUGCUGCUGCUGCACUUGAAAACGUUCUAUUAAUUUAUUCAAUGUAUAUUAGAGCGUUAUUUUUGUCAAUAUCUAUUUUUAAAAUGUACUGUGGUUCCCCUAUUUCGUCUAGGAUUAUUCUCUUUUCAGUUUACUCUGUAAAUAGUUUCAGUGGGAGAAGCUGAGAAAAGUAAAGAAAUAGACGUCAGAAUAAUGUUUGCACAUAAAUAGUUCUCUGCGGUAUAGUACAUUUUCUGCAAUAAAUUCCAAUAUUUUAGGAUUUCCUUGUAAAAGUGCAAUAUUCAAUACAAAUGUUUUGCUAAAAAUGUUGGUCUCUGUCAGAACUUAAGCAAUUGUUUUUCUGGUGACUGUUCUCCUAUUCAAUAUUUAUCUUGCAACAUAUUUAGUUAAUUUUAAGGAUUAUUUCUCAAUAUCAUUAUUUAAUUUGUUUACCCCAUACUGUUCAGGUAAACUGGCUUUUCUUCCUCAUUCCUAAGAAUUGCCAACAUCUCAAACUGCUUCUUUCAUUUCCUUAAUAUGUAACAAACAAUCCUGUUGGAUGGCUAUGUUAACUCAAUUUUACAUGAGUUCAUUUUUAUUCUUUGGUAAUCCAAUAAAGUAAAUUAAACAUGUUUGAAUUACA